UGUUUAUUUGUUCCCAUUCUAUAACCUCUGCUGGUUCUUAGGCAGUAUUUUGUUACUUUCUCCUAUAAACAUGAUGUCUUGAGUUUGUGAGUCAGUGAUUAUAUGCAGCCUUAGCAUUUCUUUAUCUAUGAUCAUAUUUUUUCUCAGGUUUGUUGAUAAGUCUGUGCAUAUGUUUGAUCAACGUAACCUAACUUCUGGUGGUGUUGGUGCACCAGUACACAAACUUGAUGGUCACAAGGUUGCUGUUCUCUAUGUUCAGUGGUUUCUUGACAAAGCAUCAAUUUUUAGAAGAGCUGCUGAGGAUGGCUUCCUCAAUAUAUGGGAUUAUGAAGUUUACAAAUCUCAAGUACUCCAGAGUUGAAAUUGAUGAAGUGCGGUUCGAGUGGGCUGA